UACCCCGCCGAGCUGCCACUUGCAGCUGUCAGAAGCUGCAGCUCCUGUCAAACUAAAACUGACGAAGCACAAAUCAGAAACUUGGCGAGAAAUCUAGGUAAUCGGAACGAAAACAACUUUUAAACGAGUUCGGAGAAAAAAAAUACCAAAAGCAAGCUUCAUCUACAAUGGCUGGAAAUGAAUCGGACAAAAGAAGGAAGCAGGAUGCCAAGAACAACUCGUUCAUCUGCCCCAUUGUCUAUAAAAAUGAGAUGCCACAACUGGCGGUGGAUUGCAAAUUCCUGCCGUGCGGCAAAGACAUCCUGGAGUACACAGAGGAGCCCAUUUCAUUUCACGAAAUCGAAUCCGAGUAUGUGCAUCGGUUCAAGGGUCUGCACUUCCUCUUCGAUUUCGAUUUGGUUAACCAGUCGAUUUAUGAAAGUCCCCAAGCCCAGCCCAAAACGAAGCAACAACGCCCGCAAAUGGAUCCCAGGGAUGCUGCCCUGCUGGCUGACAUUGAACCGCUCCAUACUGGCAGUGGCAAGCCGCGACCGAGUCGCGCCCAGGAAUGCUCCCUGAUGUUCGCCAAGGAACGGGUCCAAGUUUCGCGCCCUCGCACGGGACUCCAACGCUCUAUGGCACUGGAAUCCAAGGAUAAGCAGCGGCUGGAACCCAUCACUGUGGAGCAGCAGAAGGAAAUGAUUAACAAGACCUUCGAGGAGAUCAAGAAACCCGUGAUCAAGCAUCCCACCAAACCCCGGAGCAAUGCUCGUCCUGUCAGCGUACUGCCCGUUUUCCCGGACUUUGAGAUGAAGAACUAUUCCUUCGUGCAAAUGCAGUUCGAUAUACCGCCUGCUGACAACAGCAAGAGUCUGAUCAAGGACUGUGGCAACUAUCUGGUCAACUUCAAUCUCCAAAAGGAUGUCAGUUCCACGGGGGAUCAGAUGUACCUCUCGGAUCAGCGCUACAAGGAGGAGAAGACAGCAGAAAACUCGGAGCGCGGGGAGCGUUUCAUACUCCGUGAGAAGGAUGGUAAUGUAUUCUAUAUAAAUGUUGACAAGCACAUCAAAUUGAGGCGGGAACGACCCCGCCCCCAGGCUCUGGCCAACAAGUGUCUGUUGCAAGUCAGGCAAGUCGAGGAAGUCGGGCAAGUGGCAAGUAUGGAAACAAAGUAAAGUGGCCUGAAUUUUCGACAGGAUCCUGUAUCCCAUGAUUGAAAUUCCAAUUUGGUAACGAAUGGUCUAUUGAUAACCUGAGCUUUUGCAAAAAUAAAAUUGAAAUUCCCCUCAA